AUGGCAUCUCAGAGUCCUCCUCCGGGAGACGCCCAUUUCUCCUUUGCGAAGAUCGCUGCUAUGCCCACAACCACCAAACCCCAAUCGUCCUCAGCAUCGGUUGAGAGCGGCAGUUCUCCACUCGCAAUGACUUCCAACGUCUCCGAAUCUUUCAACACCGGCGCUCCACCACCCCCACAUUCCUUGAACACAAUCAAGCAAAAGAUUGCCUCGAGCGAUCCUGCAGUUGACCACCUAGGGAGAGCAGUGCAGGACAUUGGCAUCACCCUGCAAGCAGACCGGAAAGGGUCUGGAUCUUCGAUCGAAGACCAAGAAAAUGGCCUUCUCAAGAGAGAAAACUCCUUUGAGGAUGAUCGAACUCACCUUUCCAAUUCAUCCACGAAAAUGACCAAUUUCGACUCGAAGAGCUUGGCCUCUGUGACCACGUUCGCAAUGGACGAAAAAGACUCCGUUCGUCCCGAUGACAGCGCAAGUGUGCAAGCUAUUGAUGAAGAGGAGUCUCUUUCGGGCGCUACAUCUGGCGCACCAAAUUCGAUUGCUGGCUCUGAAGCUGGAGGACGUCUUUUCCGCGAUCAAUUCCGCGAUGGAAAUGCUCUACGAUCCCGUGGGGUUCUCCCUAUACCCGGCCCUCUUUUCAACGGUGGCAAUGCAAGCGGCACAGUCACUAUUCCUCCGGACUCGGUCGCAAACAACUUUGUCAUGGCGGCCCCUCCUGACGGCCUGCCGGAUGGGCAGAGCCUACAUGGGUUCCCUCUCGAACCAGACGAGAAACUUUUGGAGGCUAUGAAAUCUCCAAAGGAUCGUCUGACGGUUCUCCAGCUAGAGGAAAGAAUCCGCUACUUCAUCAAGGAGUCGAGUGAACAAUCCUUGGAGCUGCCUCCUUCUAAUGGAUUCCAACGACUCCUCGCCCAUAAGCUAGGAGAUUACUAUCAUCUGACACAUUUUGUUGAUAACAAUGUGACCUCUGUCAGGCUGCAUCGAACGCCGUUCUGCAGACUCCCUGAACCUAUCUCCGCAGUGCAUGCUGCGAAUAGUAGCACCCCGCCACCAAGCGUUCCAGCCAUGAAAAUCAUGCGUCGAAAUGAUGGAGAUCGACCAUCUGCCGAAGGAAGCAUUGCGGCGAGCUCGUCUGUUCCAUCCAAGGCUCCUUCUGAAGCUGGUGAUAGUGGCCCAGAGGGUGAUCGCGCAUACUCUUCAACUGAUACUAAGGAUCGAAUGUCACUUACCCGCGAAGAGCGCGAGGCAAAAUAUCAAGAGGUCCGGGAGCGGAUCUUCCGUGACUUCCCCGACAGUGUCAAGUCAGACACGACCAGUGGCGAUUCUAAUCCGAAUCUGUCUCGGUCCAGCUCUACAAGUGGCCGCAGGAAAAACAACAGGCAGCGAACUCCCCAUGAUGACAGCUUUGAAGCCCGAUCGCAGUUCAACGCCUAUUAUCCAGGCAUGCAGUACAACAAUGGUCAGAAUCAGGUGCCAUACAAUACUAGCGGGAACGAUGGCUCCUUCUCUAACCAACAGGUUCCUUACCUGGUUGGACCAGGUGUGCCUCCGCCAACCACCGGCUAUAUGCCCGCGGGUCAGAACAACGCCGCGCACUCUGGGCAGAUGGGUGGCAUGAACAAUAUACCGCAGUAUCCGAUGGCCAUGUCUCCGCAGAUGGCCUCUAAUGGCUCGUGGCAAGGAGGAAACAUGCCGCAACAGUCGCCAUACUCUGGAUACGCAUCGAUGACCCAGCCGGGCAUGAUGAAUCAACCAUCGCCAAACAAUUCCUCGCCGGCCAUGAACAACUUUGCCAUGCCUCAAUCUGCCCAAUACCAGCAGAAUGCCGUCUGGGGAUCUCCGCCCUACUCUGGAAACUAUCAGCAUUCUCCUCAGCGGAACCAACCUCCCGUUCAUUGGCCCAACUACCCUUCACAGUCGAUGACCUCCAACAUGGCGGCCUAUCCAUACGCACAAUACCCGGGGCAGCAUCUAAACCCUACAAUCCAGAACCCGGGGUCGCCUGUGAUGCCGGGCAACUAUGCUAGAUCUCACUUCAACCCCCAAACCCGCUCUUUCAUUCCCGGCGGCGCCCCAUUGUCGCGCAACUCGAGCCGAGGCGCGCAACAUCCCAUGCAGCCGUUUACCGGCAUGCCUCAGGGUCAAUGGAUUCAAUACUCAGAGCCAGCCCACAACCGUGGCAUGGAUCACCCAUCCGCACCGAGCACAGCGCGAGUGCCUAAUUCAAGUCGAGACUCCAUCGCAAAAUGGGGCACCCCAUCUCAUCUUCCUCCCAAGCCCCCGCCGUCCGAGGUGAAAUCUGGUUUCGACAUGAAGCAUCGAGUCGGACCUCCCCCGAUUCCCGCAUCCUCGUACCCCGGGAAUGGAAUCCCCGGGGCACAGAAUGGCCCGCUGGUGGUUUCCGGAGGCGCAAACGUCUCGAGAACGAACUGA